AUGCACCACCGACUCCUUCUCUCAUUCUCAACCAACCAUAGCCGAGUUGAGUGCCCAUAUGACUCAGCUCCUACAGAUGCAGACUUUAGCCCCGAAUAUGAUCCUGAAUCAGGAUCCUAUUUUGAUGACCCCGAACUCGAUUCGAAAUCAGGAUCCUAUUUUGAUGACCCCGAACUCGAUUCGAAAUCAGGAUCCUAUUUUGAUGACCCUGACUAUGACGACGAUGACGACCUCGACUCUGACGACGACCCUGACCCCCACUCUGAUGAUGAACCCGACCCCGAAUUUGUCUCUGAUUUAGACCACGAUCCCGACUUCAACUCCGACUUCGACUCCGGCCUUGACUCAGGAUCAGAUCCUGAUCCGAAUUCCUACUCAACCUGUAUCUUAUGCCUCUCCGCUGCACAUAUUUUGACUUCUCGCCUAACGACCUUGACACAUGGACCAGAUUGCUCAUAUUUUGGUGAUUCAAGACACACUCAUGAGACUUGUUUUAAAUUGCAUGGCUACUCCGAUUGUUAUGGAUUCCGUACUUCCGAUAAGAUUGAUUCAAGGAGCUGGAUAAUUGAUUAUGGUGCAACUGAUCAUAUGACGUUUGAUCCUGAUGAUUUUAUGAAUACUACACAACGUCGACGAACUUGUAUUGCAAAUGCCAAUGGAGUUACGUAUCGUGUGACAGGGGCUGGCAUUGUUGCACUCUUAUCUUCUCUCUCACUGUCUAAUACUUUACUUGAUAUUCACACUAAGGAGAUUCUUGGUUGUGGUACUAAAAAAGGGGGGCUAUAUUAUGUCGAUGACUUCAGUCCCGGUGUGGCUAACAGUGUGACGCAUCCCUUUGAUAACAAACAAAAGCAAAUCUGGGUGUGGCACCGUUGUUUGGGACAUCCGUCUUUUAGUUAUAUGAAGCAUCUUAUACAAGAUUUAUUCUCAGGAUUCAUGGACUUUGACUUCAUAUGUGAUACUUGUAUUUUGGUCAAGAGUCACCGUGUGCUCUACCCGUUGAGUACGAACAAGUGUACUACUCUAUUUACGUUAAUUCACUCUGAUGUCUGGGGACCUUCCCCUAUCAUUGCUCCUUCUGGUUCAUUCUACAAACAGAUGAAAACUCAGUUUAAUGCUCAAAUCCAGAUUAUUUGCUCAGACAAUGAUGGAGAAUUUUUCAAUCAUGACUUUCAGACUUACUUCCAACAACAUGGAAUUAUCCAUGAGACGACUUGUCUGCAGACACCACAACAAAAUGAUGUGCUUGCGCAACACAGACCUCUGCCCUAUAUUUUGGCACUCACACCUGGAAUCUUUGGAUGUGUGGCUUUCGUUCAUCUCCACAAAAAUCAACAUAGCAAACUUGAUCCCUAUGCUCUUCGUUGUGUUUUUGUGGGUUAUGCCACUAAUCAGAAAGGCUACCGAUGUUAUCACCCUCCUACCCGAUGUACCUAUGUCACUUUAGAUGUGACAUUUCUAGAAUCUGAGUUGUUCUUCCAUGACAUAUCAUCCAAUUUUAUGCUUCAGGGGGAGAUACGAAGUGAAGAGCAGAAUUGGAGCAACUUGGAAAACGAAGAAAUUUUCCUCUGUACAGAAAUGAUUGAUUAUCCCGAGUCUGGAGCACGAGAUUACUCUCUGCCGAAAAGCGAUCAAUCGCCCAUUCAUAGCGAUCAAUUGCCUGACCCACCUGAUCCAUGCGAAGAUAUUUCUGAUACGAGUCUCACACCUACAAACAAUAUAGAACAACAAGAUGAAGACCCCCAUCUAACUCAACAGUACCAACAGACCAAUUUCCUGAGAAUAUCCUUGAGGCAGAAUCGUGGGAAGCUACCAAACCAUUAUUCACUUGAUAUUGGCAAGACAUCCAAGUAUCUAAUUGCAAAUCAUGUAUCCACUGAGAAGUUGUCUGAACCACUCGAGGCUUUUGUGCACCAGUUGUCUGCUAUCCAUAUUCCAACUAAGGUCUCUGAAGCAUUGAAAUAUCCUAAGUGGGUCAAAGCUAUAAAAGAUAAGAUGAAAGCUCUUGAGAAAAAUCAGACUUGGACAUUGGAGACUAUACCACAAGGAAAAAAGACUAUCGGAUGUAGAUGGGUGUUUACUAUAAAACACAAUGCAGAUGGAUCUAUCAAGCAAUACAAGGCAAGACUUGUGGCAAAAGGGUACACACAGACCAAUGGUAUAGACUAUGAAGAAAACUUUGCUCCAGUUGCAAAGUUAAACACUGUUAGAGUCUUAUUGUCCCUUAUAGCUAAUUUGGAUUGGCCACUACACCAGUUUGAUGUAAAGAAUGAUUUUCUACAUGGCGAACUCAUGGAGGAGGUGUACAUGGACAUUCCUCCUGGAUAUAAUACUACUCAGACUGGAACAGUUUGCAGGUUACGAAAAAUAUUGUAUAGAUUGAAACAGUCACCACGUGCAUGGUUUGGACGGUUCACCAUGGCAAUGAAGAACAAUGGUUUCAAACAGUGCAACUUAGAUCAUACUCUGUUCUUGAAACAUCGGAAAGGGAAGAUAACAUCAUUAAUAAUCUAUGUUGAUGAUAUAAUUAUUACUGGGAAUGAUAAACAGGAAAUAUCACAGCUACAAGACUAUUUGGCUACUAAGUUUGAGAUGAAGGAUCUUGGUGGACUCAAGUAUUUCUUGGGAAUUGAGGUGGCUCGAUCGCAGCAAGGCAUAUUUCUCUCUCAAAAGAAAUAUGUCUUGGACUUGUUGACAGACAUAGGAAUGUUAGAUUGUAAACCUGCGGACACUCCUAUUGUUCAGAAUCAUCAUCUUGGAGAAUAUUUAGAUCAAGUUCCAACUAACAAAGAAAGAUACCAAAGGUUAGUGGGAAAAUUGAUCUAUUUGUCACAUACUCGACUAGACAUUGCUUAUGCGGUGAGCGUUGUCAGUCAAUUUAUGCACUCUCCAAGUGAAGACCACAUGAAUGUAGUUCUUCGGAUACUUAGAUAUUUGAAGUAG